AUGCCAUCUAAAUAUUUUAUUUUUGUUAUCUUUUUAUUAAUAUUAUUUGGACAUGACUCUGUUCAAGAAUUUACCAGCCAUUUUAAUAAUUUUAUUGAAAAAAAUUAUAAUGUUAGUGUAAGAAUUCAGAUGGAAAGAAUUGAUUUAGGAUGGGGUAACUGGGGUAGUUUUGGUGGAAAAAGUAGUGAUAAUGAUAUAUUAAGAAAAAGACCUGUUAUUUUUAUACCUGGUGCACAAUUGCGUUCAUACAUGUUUGCUGGAGCAAAAAAUUAUUUUAUGAUUCAUGGGUAUAAUUCUUCUGAGUUAUACUCAACUUCAUAUGGUGAUGGUGGAUGGACAUUAUUACCAUUCUUUAGAUUACAUUGUAGUAUUGUUAAACAAAUUAGACUAUUUAUUGAAAUUGUAAAUAAAUAUACAAACCAGACAGUUGAUAUUGUAACAUAUUCAUUGGGAUCACCUUUUGUUAGAAAAGCUAUUCUUGGUGGAUCUUGUGUUGAUACUAAUGAAAUUUUAGGAUCUAAUAUAACUAAUUUAGUUAAUAGUUUUGUUACAAUUUCUGGAGCAAAUUAUGGUGUUGAAAGUUGUAAUUUCUUACAUUUUUUUAUUCCAUAUUGUAAUCCAAAUAAUGGUUUUUAUUGUUUAUCUAAAUUUAUUAUUGAUAUAAAUAAUGAAACUACAAGUUAUGAAGGAUUAACAACAUAUUCAUUUAUUAGUGAAAGUGAUUUAACAUCUGGAAAAAACUGUUGUGGAAAAAAUUGUUCUGAAUUAAAGAAUGCCACAAAAAAUAUCUUACUUCAAAGCUCAAAUCAUUUAACAAGUAUUUCUGAUGCAAUUCCACAAAUUUUUAAUCUACUUGAUAAUACAAUCUAA